UUCCGGCUGUGUUCUCACCAGCUCCCACACUGACCCCCCAGCCUGGUGUCUCAUCCACAGCACUGGACAGGGAGCCACCUGGGGUCAAAUCAGAAGAGACUUCCUGAGGCUGUGGGAGCCAAGAGGAGGAGGUGCCAUUUAUGGAUGGAGGUCAGGGAAGCCUUCCCCAGGCGGAAGGGCAGGGCAAGCAGAGGGACCAGGCGCAGAGAUAGGGAAGAGCAGGGGCUCAGCGCUGUCUGGGUGGCUGCGGUGGAUGGGGCAGCCUGACACCUGAGGCCUGCAGGGCAGGGGCUGAGGACAGCAGGGAGCAUCCAGACCCAGACCCCGAUGCCCCUGCCUCAAGGCAGCGGGGGAAAUGGCCCAAUCAGUGCUUGGCCUGAGCCCCUAGACAAUGGUGUGGAGGGCGGACAGUGGUCUGGGGAGAGCCUGGAACCAGAGAAGGUGGAGUGUGGAGGCUGUGGCUACACUUGAGAGGAGAGAAGACGGUGGUAGGAGCUGGGCUGGGCUGGUGGGAGGCCAGAGGGAGUGUCCUCAGGAGGAAGAAGGAGCAGGUGGGGCUCCCAGGCUUUCAGCUCAGGGCUCCUGCGGCGGCACCCAGCCAACAGCAGCCAACAGCUCAGUGCGGACAACCAGGGGCACUCAUGGGAGUCUUGAGCUCAGAGAUAGAGACCAGUGAUGUGUGUCCCUGAUAACUGGUGUCUUGAGAAGGGGUGUCCCCAGGAAUGUGUGAGGACUGGGAGGAGAAGCAGCCCGGAUGCAGCUGUGCCAGCCCUGCCUCUUAGGAGGAGGGUCCUUGGAGGAGACCGAGCAGGAGCCACGGGGGAGGCAGGAGGCCACCCAGGAGAGUGGCAGCAGGGGACAAUCGGGCAGGGGCCAUUUCAGGAGGACAGAGGCGUCUCUAGAGUCCGUAUAGUUGAAGACAAGGCUUGAGGGUGAAUUUGGAUCCAGUGAGGACUGGCCAGCCUGCAGUGGCCUUGAGUGUGAGAGGCGGCACUGAAUUGGGGUCCCAGUGCAGAUGACCCCUCCCAUGCUUGGUUGAGGAGGGGUCAGGGGGGCAGGCCAUGUCUGGUGGGGACCCGUGGAGAACUAUUUAACCGAGAAAACAGUGAGGAUGAAUCCAGGACAGGAGACAGAGGGAGCCAAGCCCCUGACUGGCUGAGGGCUGGGCCCAAAAGACAAGAUGGUGUGGGGUUGACUGUCUGCCUAGGGUUUGGCUAGGUGUGUAAGGCUCUAGAAGGAGCUGGUACAGUCAUCCACUCAUCGACAUUAACUGAUGACUACUCUGUGCCAGACAGUGCCUAGAGGAGGAGAUUGAGUGCUGAAUACACUCCUUUACCCUAUUCCUGAGGAGACCAGAGUGUGGAGGCAGAGGGGACGUAAGACAGAGCCUGGUCUUCCCUCUCCUGGAGGACUCAAUGCUCUUGAGCAACCCUGCCUUUCACACUCCCCAUGGGCCCCAGGAGAGGCCAAGACGUUGUCAGGGAGAUGGAGAAACCAUUUCUUCACCUUCCACAGGAGGCCUCCCGCUCCCACUGCCCAGCAAUCCCGUGAGGCAACAGCAGGGGCUGAGGCAAGUCCAGCUCACAGCCGGGGAGGAGAUCAGGGAUGGGGUAGGUCAGGAAGACGCGUGGUUGGGCCAUUGCAUCAGGCCCAGGUGGGGCAUAAAGGAGGGUCCUGCGUGCUGGGAGGAGGCCGACUUGGGGACCGUGGAGACUCAGAGGGCCAGCCUCGCCCUGGGGCGGUGGUCACUGUGGCUACCGCUGCUGGGACUAGUGGUGCCCUCGGCCAGCGCCCAGGCCCUCAGCUACAGGGAAGCUGUGCUUCAUGCUGUGGAUCGUCUCAACGAGCGGUCCUCAGAAGCUAAUCUCUACCGCCUCCUGGAGCUGGACCCGCCUCCCAAGGCUGAUCAGGACCUGGACACCCCGAAGCCUGUGAGCUUCACGGUGAAGGAGACCGUGUGCCUCAGGACGACCCAGCAGCCCCCGGAGCAGUGUGACUUCAAGGAGAAUGGGCUGGUGAAACAGUGUGUGGGGACAGUCACCCUGGACCAGUCCAAGGACCAAUUUGACAUAAACUGUAAUGAGCUUCAGAGUGUCAGGAGAAUUCCUUUCUGGCCUCCAAAUUUGCCAGGGCCAAGGCGCCCUCCGCGGUUCCUGCCACAUUUCCGCAUUCCACGUAUUCCCAGAAAAUGGUGAAGGAUUGCCUGAUGUCACACCCAUUAAGGGCUUUUGGUGAACCCUGAGCCCAGGGAAGAGUCCUGAGGGUCUGAUAAGUUCUGGUUCAGACUUCUGGAUGGUGAAAAAUAAAUUCUUGUGAAAAUAA